ACCAUCAUCCAUUUCGUCUUGAAAUUGCUAAAAAGAUUGCUAAAGAAAGAGGUGGCCUAUGCAUUUCCAACCAAUGUAAAGCUACAAAAGAAGUAUUACAGUGGAAAUGCUUUAAAGGGCAGCAACUUAUAGCAAUGUUAUACAUGGAAAAAAUUGGUGUAUGA